UUCUGCAGAUGUAACGACUUCCCAACCUCAUUCUCCAUGUGGAAGCGCUGUUCUCAUCGGACCCAAGUGUCAACCGAGUGAUGAACUUCAACAGAGGGGUGACCCGACAAAACAGCAGUUAUACGUGUGUGGUAGGAGAUGAAGCUCCAACCCUGGCGAACCUAAAUGUAAUCGAGUUGGCUGAGAAGGGGGACCUGGCCCUGCUGGAGAGCCUGGUGAGGAGAAACACAGAGGUCCUGAGUGAGAAAGAUGAAUGUGGAGCCAGUCCCCUUCAUCACGCUGCCGCAGGAGGCCAUGUCACCCUCAUCCAAUUCAUCAUCAGUGCCACAGAGUCACAGCAACUGAACAGCUGUGACGACCAGGGCAACGUGCCACUUCACUGGGCGGUGGAGAGAAAUGAGGCGGCAAGCUGCAGAGCUCUUUUGGACCUGGGGGCCGACCCCAACAUCCUCAACAAAGCUCUCCUGUCCCCUCUGCAUCUGGCUGUCAGCAAGGGUCACAAUGACCUGGUGGAGCUGCUGCUCUGCUACCCAGCCACCGACCACAAUCUGCCCGGAGACCUUGGGAACACUGCAAUGAUACUGGCGUGCUCCAUCAAUAAUUUUGAAGCCCUCAGCAUAUUGAUAAAGCACGGAGCGCAGCUCUGCAAACAAAACAAGCUUGGCCAUUUUCCCGUGCACGCAGCUGCCUUCGCAGGUGCAAAGAAAGCCAUGGAAGUGAUCCUGAAGGCCGGUGAAGAGAGGGGCUACAGUUUGGUCAACCACAUCAACUUUUUGGACAAGACCAACUCCAGUCCUCUCCACCUUGCUGUUCGUGGUGGGAACCUGGAGACCAUUCGCCUGUGCAUUUCCCUCGGAGCCAGAAUUGACCAGCAGCAGAGCGACAAGUCCACGCCGCUCCAUUUGGCGUGCACGCAGGGGGCCACCGACGUGGUCAAACUCAUGCUCUCCACCUUCGACCACGUGGAGGACAUCAUCAACCUCAACGACGGCGCUCACCAGACCCCUCUUCACAGGGCAACAAUAUUUGACCAUAUGGAGCUGGCAGAGUAUCUCAUCUCUUUGGGUGCUGAUCUCGACGACGUCGACUGCAAAGGAAACACGCCGCUGUUGGUGGCAACCAACUGUGGAGCCUGGAGAACUGUCGCCCUGCUGCUGACCAGAGGAGCAGAUGUGUCCGUGACGGACAUUUUCGGCUGUAACUUCCUCCACCGAGCGAUUCUGCAGCCAAAGGGCCUCAAAAAUCUCCCACAAGAUGUGUUGCAGCGGAGCAGUGUGAAAGCGUUGCUGAACUGCGAGGACAGCGAAGGCUGCACCCCUCUCCACUACGCCUGCAGACUGGGCAUCCAUGACUCAGUGAGGAACAUGGUGGGCCUCUCGGGCGAGGUGGGGCUCUCCUACAAGUCCAAGGACAAGAAGUCUGCCCUUCACUUUGCUGCACAAUAUGGGCGCAUUAAUACGUGCCAUAAACUGCUGGAAACCAUCAAAGACUCUCGACUACUGAACGAAGGCGACGAGAAGGGCCUCACGCCGCUUCACUUAGCUGCCAGUGGAGGCCACUCCAAGGUGGUGGAGCUGCUGCUGCGCAAAGGGGCCCUCUUUCACUGCGACUACAAAGGCUGGACUUGCCUUCACCACGCUGCAUCGGAGGGAUACACUCAGACCAUGGAAAAAAUCCUCGCUGCCAAUGUCAAGUUGAUGGAUAAAACAGAUGAGGACGGGAACACUGCGCUCCACGUCGCUGCGAAGCACGGCCACGUAGCUGCGGUCAGAAUGAUGCUGAAUCGAGGAGCUGAGUUCACCUUGAACAAGAACGACGCCUCCUUCCUCCAUGAGGCUCUUCAGAAUGGGAAAAAAGAUGUGGUGAAUGCUGUUAUUGACCAUCACAGGCGUGACGAAGCUUUACAGAGCUUCGCUCCUGGCUCUCCGCAGCGAUGUCCCAUUCUUGACAUGAUUGAAUUUCUGCCAGAGACCUUCAAGCACCUGUUGGACUGCUGCGUGAAAGAAACCGACGACCCCAACUGUCCGAACUAUAAAAUUGAGUACAACUUCCGUUGGCUCCAAGCUCCUCUUUUGGCUAAGAAGAACAGUAAUUCCAAAGUGAAGCCUUUGGUUGCCUUGAAUGCGAUGGUGGCCUACAACCGCAUUGACCUCCUCAACCAUCCGGUUUGCAGGAAGUACCUGUCAAUGAAGUGGGUUGCUUACGGGAGCAAAGCGCAUCUGCUCAACAUGUUCAUGUAUCUGGUGGGGCUGCUGCCACUGACUCACCUGAUCAUAUCACUGAGACCAACCACGAACAUGACGGAGACAGGAGUGCACAACAUCACCAUGGUGCCAGUCUCCAUCAGCCAGAACUCUCACGCCUUUAUCUCCAUCUUGUUGGUGUUGGUCAUGAAUGUAUAUGCCAUAGCAAAGGAAGUGGUACAGAUAUACCAACAGCGCUGGAAUUACUUCAAGGAUUCUUCCAAUCCUAAUGACUGGUUUGCAUCCAUCUUUUCUCUUCUGUUCGUCAUCCCUCUACUGGUCAAUGCCGAGGGCUCCCUUCAUUGGCAAGCAGGGGCGUUGGCGGUUUUGAACUCCUGGAUCGGAUUUCUUCUCUAUUUCCAGAGGUUUGAGGGUGUCGGCAUCUACGUGGUCAUGUUCGGAGAGAUCAUGAGGACGCUGGUUCGCAUCGUCAUGCUGUUCGUUUACCUGCUGCUGGCCUUCGGUUUGGCCUUCUUCGCUCUGAUGCCCAACCAGAGCGAGUUCCAAACUGUGCCCCUCUCAGUGAUGCAAACCUUUGUGAUGAUGGUUGGAGAGCUGAACUAUCAAACCAACUUCCUGGAUCCUUACCUGAAGAACAAGCUCCCCUUCGGCAUCAUGACGUACUAUCUCUUUGUGAUGUUUGUUCUCUGUAUGCCCAUUCUACUGGUGAAUCUCAUGAUUGGUUUGGCUGUUGGAGACAUCGCUGAAGUCCAGAGAAACGCCAACCUGAAAAGAAUAGCGAUGCAGGUUGAGCUUCACACUUCCCUGGAAGACAGACUGCCGUACUGGUUCAUGAAAAGAGUGGACAAACCCUUUGUCACCGUCUACCCCAACAGGCAAUGCAGAAAGCGCUUUCUGAAUGCCAUAAUGUUCACCGACGUUCAGAAAAUGGAAAUGUGGAAGCAUCGCAAGUCCGUGUCAGCGGGAUGCACUUUCAUGGAGAAUGAGCUCAGAAAGCAGAAGAACAGAAUGAAAGAGAUGUCCAGCCUUCUGGAGAAGCAGCACAACCUGCUGAAGCUUGUCAUCCAGAAGAUGGACAUCACGUCUGAGGCAGAUGAGUACGACGGGCCCGUCAACCUCCAGGCUCACAACUGGCCCAGCAUAAGGCAAAUCCGACCGGGGUCACGCCGCAAGUCGCGCUGGGCUCCGGUGCUGAAAGCACUUGCAGUUCACAAAAAAUAAAUGUUUGUUUUUUGAACGCUAUAAUCACAACGCCGUUCACAGGUAUACUCACAUGUACACAGCCGUUUAAUCUCUGUUAGAUCUUUAUGUGCUUCAUCUAAGGCGUGUGAUCCAUCAGUUUAUGCUCAGCAUUUAGUUUUAAAUCUCAGUUUAUGAUCUGUUUUCAUUUGUAAACAAGUGAGCAUCAGAAUGGAACAGUCAUUCGAGAGAAAAUGAGGUCUGUGAAGAAAAAAAAAAAAGGAAAAAAAAACCCUCUGACCUCAUAAUCUUGCACCUGUCCCUCCAGUUUCCCAGCCCCGGGGUCAAGACCCGCAAAAGUCCUUGUGGAUAGACAAAUGCAAGCGCUGCCUUUAAGUUAAGUGUCAAGUGAUAUUUAUUACCGCUGGCCCUGAGUUUCAUUACCCUCCCGGCCCGUACAAUAGCCUUGUAACCAUCCGUUACGCCGAUGUUUUGGACUAUAUUUCUGCUUUUAGUUGGGAAAUGACAAGCUGCGAAUCACUUAUGGCUGCCCUCAUUUUAUCACGUGGACAGGAAAUGAAACAGCAGGUGAAUCUAUGUGGCCUGCAGGAAAUCAUUCUUCUUACCCUGUAAAAAAAAAAAAGACAGCAGAUCAAAUGAGAUAUAAUGUCAACGGCAGACUCCCUUGACCUGCACUUUUAGUGACGUCAGUAGUACAUGUCCGGCUUGUGCGAUGGAUGGGCUGGCGCUCUGCCUGGCCGGUUAAUAGUGUGGCACAAGCGGAAGUCUUCAUCUCAAGACACGUCCCAGCAGGUAAUAAGAAAAUGGAGGUCAGGCACAUGCAACGUGGAGGAGUGAGCCAGGAAGCAGUUCACUCUUGGAUAGUUUUGCUUUCUUAUAUCUUCGUAUUGCUUUUCUGUGUUAGUCAUAUGAAGAUAGUGCCGUGUAUCUACAGUGAUCUGACAUUUUUGCUGCUGAAAUAAAGA